AUGGCACAAGCUAGAUUCGGGAAACGCGGAAAGCUAAACCCGAGAUACAUUGGGCCAUUUGAGAUUCUAGAAAAGUUCGGUACUGUCGCGUACAAGUUGAAACUGCUAGAAGAACUCAGUAAUGUACCCGACACAUUUCAUGUGUCGAAUCUCAAGAAAAGUCCGAAUGUUGAUACAAUUAUCAUUCCAGCAGAUGAGAUUCAUGUAGAUAACACGCUCCAAUUUACCGAAGAACCCGUUGAGGUUAUGGACCGGAAGGUCCACAAGACAAGGAGAAGUAAUAUCGAACUAGUCAAGGUCCGCGGGAAUUCACGUCACAGACCCGAGUACACAUGGGAACGUGAAGAUCAGAUUAAGGCAAAAUAUCCCCACCUGUUUAAGAAGACUCCUGCAAAGGAUGGCUCAACUUGA